UACAGCGAUUCGGCUUCUCAUGUCUCUCCCCCCGGGGAGCUCUGGCACAGGUAGCUGAGACCGCCGCCCCCUUGCCCACCCCUUGCCCACCGUCGCCAUGAGCCAAGCGGCCAAUAACCUGAGGGGCUUCCUCGCCAGGGUGCAGUCUCUCAAGCGCAGGGGGGAGGAGGACGCUCUCGGGCUGGAAUUCCAGGAGAUCAGGGCACAAGCGGGCGCUUUCCACAAGGAGAGCGACUUUACCACAGAGGUCGGAGGGAGUCCAGAGAACCUGAAAAAGAACCGCUACAAAGACAUCCUGCCAUACGACCAAACCCGCGUGCCAGUCACUUUCCUGUCUGAGGAAGAAGGUUCCGAUUAUAUCAAUGCCAGCUUCAUUAAGGGCACGGAUCCGGGCCGCGGUUACAUUGCCACCCAGGGGCCCCUCCCGCACACCAUACAGGAUUUCUGGAGGAUGGUCUGGCAGUACCAGGUGAAGGUCAUUGUGAUGGCGUGCAGGGAGGUGGAGCAUGGAAAGAGAAAGUGUGAGCGAUACUGGCCCCUGGAUGAUGCCACCACGCCGGCCCAGUUUGGCCCAUUCACCAUCAGCAAGCUGGAGAAGAACAGAGUCAAUGCCGAGGUCAUCUACCGAAAACUCAGGGUCACCUUCAGGGAGGAGUCGCGGGACAUCAGCCACUUUCAGUACGUGGCGUGGCCGGACCGUGGGAUCCCCGACUCCUACUCCUGUUUCCUGGAGAUGAUCCAGCUUGUGCCCCAGUACCAGCGAGAGAGCCGCGUGCCCCUGUGUGUGCAUUGCAGUGCGGGCUGCGGCAGAACUGGGGUAAUCUGUAUGGUGGAGUAUAUCCAGAGCCUCCUGCAGCGGCAGAGGGUCCCGGCUGAUUUCAGUAUAUUCAAUGCCGUGCUGCAAAUGAGGCGCCAGAGACCCUCUGCGGUCCAGACCCAGGAGCAGUAUGAGUUUCUGUACCACGCAGUCACAGAGAUGUUCGACAAGGAGCUGCAGACCAGCCGUUGCUAUGAGAAUCUGAAGGAGGAUAAAUCUCCUCUGUACGACGAUGCCACAUCAGUACUGAGCGCCCUCCGGCAACUGCCCCCCCAGAGGAAGAAGCCCCCGGCACGACUGCCUAUCGGUGCCGAGUACCCACCCCUGUGUGCCCCAGAGCAGAGGCCGGGGCAGAUGCCCGCCAUGAGUGCCAAUGAAACUUACGCUGUUGUACAGAAGAAGAGGCCAGUGGCGCCAGAGACACGCCCACAGACAGUGCAGUAUGAUAAUGUGCCCACUCACGUGCCCACUCACGUGCCCACCCCGGCACCUCUGGACCAGCUGUACAGCACUGUCACGCACAAAGGCAACCGGGCAAGCUCUGCCAACGCAAUCUCCUCCAACUACACCCUGGCCGGUGCCCCUGGCCCCGCGGAAACUGCCUCCGUCACGUAUGCCCAGGUGCCCAUGCCCAGCAGGACAGGUAACAGGAGCGUCAGAAGCAGGACGAAAGCCCUAAGGGUCUUCCCGGGUUUGGUGGGCACCUUGUGCUGCUUUAUGCCAGGGAAUCUAGACUGAGGGUCCUGCCGGGUUGGCACCUUGUGCUGCUUUAUGCCAGGGAAUCUAGACUGAGGGUCCUGCCGGGUUGGCACCUUGUGCUGCUUUAUGCCAGGGAAUCUAGUCUGAGGGUCCUGCCGGGUUGGCACCUUGUGCUGCUUUAUGCCAGGGAAUCUAGACUGAGGGUCCUGCCGGGUUGGCACCUUGUGCUGCUUUAUGCCAGGGAAUCUAGACUGAGGGUUCUGCCGGGUUGGCACCUUGUGCUGCUUUAUGCCAGGGAAUCUAGACUGAGGGUUCUGCCGGGUUGGCACCUUGUGCUGCUUUAUGCCAGGGAAUCUAGACUGAGGGUCCUGCCGGGUUGGCACCUUGUGCUGCUUUAUGCCAGGGAAUCUAGACUGAGGGUUCUGCCGGGUUGGCACCUUGUGCUGCUUUAUGCCAGGGAAUCUAGACUGAGGGUUCUGCCGGGUUGGCACCUUGUGCUGCUUUAUGCCAGGGAAUCUAGACUGAGGGUCCUGCCGGGUUGGCACCUUGUGCUGCUUUAUGCCAGGGAAUCUAGACUGAGGGUUCUGGGGGGAGGUUGAGUGAGAGGUGGGAGCAGCGGAUCAGGGGGGCACUAAAUUAGCCAUAGGCUGGUAACCUACCCCCGUGGGGUUCUCCCCCUGGCAUCAAGGGACUUCUGCUUCCCCUGAUGCCAAGUCUAGUGCCAGGGCUCAACCCAAGAAGCUAGCAGCCUGGGCAGUGCAACCUAUUGGAUGGUGCCAACGGCCCCUCGGCCCACUUACUCCUAGCGGGGGGGGUAGAGUUAGGGACACAGUUGUGGGGCAGAGGGGCAGUAGGGAAGGGGCAGAAGCAGCAGUGCCACCUGUGUGCAUUGUGUGUCCUGUUAGUGUUGUGUGUUUCCUGUCCUGGCACUGCCCACUGGCAUCUCCCUUAUUUACCCUGCUCUCCCCUGCCCGCCCUGCUGCCAUGUUCCCUUCCCCACCCACCAUCCUGGCACUACCCGCCCACCCACCAUCCUGGCACUACCCGCCCACCAUCCUGGCACUACCCGCCCACCAUCCUGGCACUACCCACCCACCAUCCUGGCACUACCCACCCACCAUCCUGGCACUACCCACCCACCCACCAUCCUGGCACUACCCGCCCACCAUCCUGGCACUGUGCCCCCCUUACCCCACGUCUGUCCUGUCUCAGUGUCUCGUGCUGUUCAUGUUCCCGUCAUGUCAAUAAACUGCUCUGUGUCCCACUGUC